UUGAGGCCUGCAAGCGUUUGGUAGGCCACCUCUGAAGUAAAGUGCAAUCUGUGCAGCUACUUAUACAAUUUAUAUUUGAAAAUAUUUCUUUUUAUUAGUUGAUUUAGAAAGACUCAAAUGAUAUAGUGUGUAAACUUUUUAUAUAUAUCUCAUAUGAAAAUAUUAAAAAAUUCCCGGGGACUAUAUAUAUCAUCCAAAUCAAAACUGUUGGCUUAUAUACCAGCUACCGUCACUCGGAAUUUCAAAACUAUAUGAAAAAUAAUCUUAAUAUAUUCAGUUUUGACUAAACGAAUAUAUUAUAUAUCCAAUCCUUUUGGUACUAUUAGAUAAUUCAAUCUUCAUGACAACAUUUUAUCAUUUUGAUUAGUAUGUACACACACACACAUGCAUGUGUCGUCGUCGUGUAAGCCAAAUCUAUAAACAGUUAUAAUAUGGAUUAGCUAUCAUAGGUUUGAAUGGGCAACAUAAGACAAUCUUGCUUCCAAAUAUGUUACAACAAGGUUGAUCAAUAGUAAACCUACAUUAAUCAAAUUAUGAUAUUGUAUAUGUCUACUUUGAUAAUUGAAUAGAUUCGCGACGCAGAUCGCUUAAUCAGCAGAUCGGUCCGAAUCAAACAGAUUUUUUUUUUUACCUCAAAUAAUAUGGAUACCUUUUAGUUUUGAUCAACAGUUCCUAAGUUAAUAUUUUUUUCUAUUUUCAUAACUACUUUAUACACAUCAUAAUACUUUAAAAUAUUAAUGAAACUUAUAAUUGUUUUCUAUAAACAAUCUUUUUCGUUGAAUUAACCUAAGCUUUUCAUACCAAAGACACUAAGCUUUUUGAUUUCUCAAUGAAAAUGAAGACUUAAAUAAGUUAUCUUCAGACUGAAUUUUUAUUUAAAAUAUCCACUCCUAAUAUUAUAGCUUACAGCCUUACAGUAUAUCGAAUAUAUGACAAGUGGAAAAUGACAGGAAACGACUUUUUCAACCAUCACCUAUGACAUGAAACGACUUUUGCUACCGUCACGUAUGACAUCAAAAUUAAUGUAUUUCCGAGAAAAGAGAAAAAAAUUGUUCAAAGAAGUGAAAGCAUAUAGAUCAAGGUCUCACCGCUCACGUUCGGAGAUAAAAUAAAAAGCAUUAACAAGAAACUUUUUUAAAAAGGGAACGAAUAAUCAGACAAUUCAUAUAAUAUUGCUGCAAAACAAGAAGUGGAUAAGACUGUCACAAGACAUCAACGGUAUCUCCAACCUUUAUAAAUAAUUUUUCUCCUGCUCUUCUUUUUCUCUGAACAUUUUCUUCUCUUGGCUACUUCACAAAUAACCAAAAAAAAAACACUCAUUUUCUCUCUGCUCUUGAGAAUCACGAGAAUAGUCAAGAUGGGAAGUUUAGGAGAAGAAGAUUUGGAGCAGCUUGUGAUCGAUUACAUGGAGUCUCCGAUGAUCGCCUCCGAUGAGUUGGAGAAACCUUCAGGAGUUCUUAUGAGUCUUCAGGAUGUUCUUGGGGCAAAAGGAGAAAAAGAGAAGGAGAUUGAAGAGAAGAUAAAAUCGUUUAUCAGAAGAAGAAAAUUAUCAUACAAAGGAGACGAUGAGAAGAAAGAUGUGAUGAAAAGGAUUGUCUCUAAGCUUAGAUCUGACGGCUACGAUGCUUUUAUCUCUAGAACCUCGUGGGAUUCUUCUUUUGAUCGGCUUGAAGGAUGUAGAGUGUUUCGUUGCACAAGAAAGUACGAGUUCAUUGACGUCAUGGUGGCUAGUGAUCGCGACGGUGAUGAUGUAAACAAGCUGAGACGUGUGAUCAUUGAUCUUGAUUUCAAAUCUCAGUUCGAGCUGGUGAAACAGACAAGAUGUUACAAAGACGUGACUGAGAUGCUUCCGACAAUAUUUGUUGCGUCAGAAGUGAGACUCAAAAGAGUUGUUUCGUUGGUUUGUAAUGAGAUGAAAAAAUCGAUGAAGGAAGAAGGAAUGUCUAGACCACCGUGGAGGAAUAAGAGAUACAUGCAAGCCAAGUGGCUCUCUGAGAAUCGUCUAAGAGUGUCUGGUUCUAAGAAAGGGUCUUGGUCUUUGUUUGAUGAUGGUCAAGGAGGUGAAGAUGCUGGGACAACGAGUCGUGGUGGCAUUGGUUUGAAAACUAAGUGUUGUUUUCCUAUUUUCUGAGAGGAUUGCGCCAAGUUUUUUUUUUGUUUAUCAAUUUCUAUAAAAUUAAAAAAGAGUUAAGGACGGAUUUUGAGCAUUAGUUGUGUUUUUUUUUUGGGGGUAAAACAUUAGUUGUAUUUCUGUUUGUUGCUUCAUAUGAUUGUUCCUUUCUUUCGGGGAUGUUCAACAAAAUUAAGGAAGUGAAGUGGGGCUUGUUGUAUCAGGUUUUUUCUGAUGCUGUAUUGCAUUUCUACUUGUAUCAAUAGCCUAUAUAUAUAAAAGUAUAAUAUGUUUUGUCUUCAUUUUAAAU